UCUGCACACAACCUCCUCCUCCCCCUCCCUUGCUCCAUCAUACAAAACAAAAGUUUCCUGCAGCUCAACACUUUCUCAAGAAGCUGACUUUUUUCUGUCUCCUACAAAGAUUUUAUAGUCGUAAAGCCUCAAUUUACAACAAACAAUUUCGCAAACAUGGGUUGCCAAGACGUCCUCACCCGCAAGACCGGUGUCAUCGUUGGCGAUGAUGUCCUGAAGCUUUUCAACUACGCUCAGGAGCACAACUUUGCCAUCCCCGCCAUCAACGUCACCUCCUCCUCCACCGUCGUCGCCGCCCUCGAGGCUGCCCGCGACCAGAAGGCCCCGAUCAUCCUCCAGAUGUCCCAGGGCGGUGCCGCAUACUUCGCCGGAAAGGGCGUUGCCAAUGGCAAGCAGGAGGCCUCCAUCGCCGGUGGCAUUGCUGGUGCCCACUACAUCCGCGCCGUUGCCCCAGCAUACGGUAUCCCAGUCAUCCUGCACACCGAUCACUGCGCCAAGAAGCUCCUGCCGUGGUUGGAUGGUCUUCUCGAUGCUGAUGAGGCCUACUUCAAGGAGAAGGGCGAGCCGCUUUUCUCUUCUCACAUGAUCGAUCUUUCCGAGGAGGAGGUUGAUUACAACAUCAAGACCACCGCCGAGUACCUGAAGCGCGCUGCCCCAAUGAAGCAGUGGCUCGAGAUGGAAAUCGGUAUCACCGGUGGUGAGGAGGACGGAGUCAACAACGAGGAUGUUGACAACAACUCCCUGUACACCCAGCCCGAGGACAUCCUUGCCAUCUACCAGGCCCUCUCCCCCAUCUCCCCAUUCUUCUCCAUCGCCGCCGGCUUCGGUAACGUCCACGGUGUCUACAAGCCCGGCAACGUCAAGCUCCACCCAGAGCUCCUCGGCAAGCACCAGAAGUACGUCAAGGACGCCAUCGGAGCCAAGGAGGACAAGCCCGUCUUCCUCGUCUUCCACGGUGGAUCCGGAUCCGCCAAGAAGGAGUUCACCGACGCUAUCAGCUACGGUGUCGUCAAGGUCAACCUCGACACUGACCUCCAGUACGCUUACCUCACCGGUAUCAGAGACUACGUCCUCGCCAAGAAGGACUACAUCAUGCAGCAGGUCGGCAACCCAGACGGAGAGGAUAAGCCAAACAAGAAGUACUUCGACCCAAGAGUCUGGGUUCGCGAGGGCGAGAAGACCAUGUCCGCGCGCCUGACUGAGGGCCUCAAGGACUUCAACACCAGCAACCAGUUGUAAGCGUCUAGUCGCAAUGUCGAUUUACAAGGUUUUUGGGUAUGUGUUUAAGUGGCUGUGGGGGAGUGAUUAUGGAGCAUGAUGGCGUGGCAGAUUUAAAAGAUUGAAACAGGCCAGUGGGCGCAAUGUAUCAAUGCUUCUCAGACUCUUUUACGUUUAUACCCGUGAUGUGAGAGUGAAUAAAUGUCCAGGC